AUGGGGCAGUUUCGGUUCCAUUUCCAGCAAAAACUUUCAACACCAAAUCCUUAUUACGCAUUCACAUAUGAUAAGGCAGCUGGAACUUGGAAAACCAGAAGAGAGAAGGAAACCGGAGAAACGCGUGAAUGGGAUAUUCUGGAUUAUACUUAUCAAUAUUGGAUUGUUUGUAGCAGAUCACUUUUUCCAGGGAAGCUUGUUGAAGAAGAGGAAGGAAACUUUGCAUUGUGGCUCUCUUAUAUUUUUACAGGUGUUGGAGCAAAUCUUGUUUCAUGGUUAGUUUUGCCCAGAAAUGCAGUUUCUGUUGGAGCUUCUGGUGCUGUUUUUGGACUGUUUGCUAUUAGUGUCCUUGUAAAGAUAACGUGGGAUUGGAGGAAGAUUCUUGAAGUGCUUAUAUUGGGCCAGUUUGUUAUAGAUAAGGUAAUGGAGGCAGCUCAAGCUUCAGCAGCUAUGACAGGCCCUUUUCGUGGAACCUACCUUGUGCAGAGUGUCAAUCAUAUUGCACAUCUAUCUGGUGCCCUUAUAGGUGUGGUUUUGGUAUGGCUUGUCAGCAGAAUUCCUUCUCCUCCAGACCAUGAGGGAUCAACUUUGCGAGGAAAAUCAGGCAAAAAUCGAUAG